UAUAAAUAGUGGCAGCGAUCCCCCUCAUGACUGUGUUUAGAUUAUCAUCCCCCUCUUCGCCAUUGACCGAGAUUCAAUACCCAAUCUUGUCUUGCCUCAUUUUCCUGAAAUCCUGAAUACCGUUCUCAUCAUCAUAACAUCACCCAUUGUCUACAGACCAUGUCCGAGCCUCGCAUCAGGAAAGAUCUUGAUACCCUCAGUCAGGGUGAGCGUGACACGCUCCAUGGGAAUGUGUUGUUUCCCACGUGGCACUGGGCCUACCUCUUGCGACUCGAGAAUGCUCUGCGGAGUGCCCCGGGAUGUAGUAAUGUUGCUCUUCCCUACUGGAACGAAAUGUCGGAUACGUCACUGGAGAAAGGCCUGCCUUUUCUUUUCACUCAGAAGGACUACAAGUUCAAAGAUGGCAAAUCUGACCCGAACCCUCUCUUCUCCUACAAGUUACAGAAAGCCGUACAUCAUCUGAAAAACGAUGGAACAGACAAACCCAACGGCCAUACGAAGCCCCAAGGGUACGACACCGAAAAAACCAGGGAACACAAUGUUGAGGUGAACCAGCUGCCGCCCGGGCACCCGGCUGACCUCUUGAAUGACAACGUCAAACGUUGGCUCAAUCCCAAGGCACUUAAGAACCAUGAGGGCGCGAUGAUUCCCGAAGGAGCAUCAGAUAAUUACAAGCGAUGCCUCGAUGCCCCUAACUACACUAACGUCAACGUUAAAGCAUUCGCGAACGGCGAUAUGGGUGAGAAUGAUACCGCGGCGUUCGACCCAGUUUUCUACCUCCACCAUUGUUACAUAGAUCGCAUGUUCUGGGCGUGGCAAAAUAUUCAUAACAAGUCCAAGCAAUUAGACAUCAUUCCCGGCCUCAAAGGUAUGAAGAAUUCUGAUGAGGAGUCUCUCACAAUCGAUACCCCUCUGAAUCCUUUCACCAAAGAGGAGAUUACACCGGGGGAAACGCGGCCAAUGACAUCAAAUGACGUCACCAACAUCGUCAAUCUUGGUUAUGACUAUCAUGUUGUUGAUUCUAGACUGGGGAGUCUCCUCAGCAUUUUCCCUGACUGUGAUAAUUGUCAGAACUAUCUCGACAUCGAAUCUCACCGGAAGCUGUACGGCUUUUCGAACUGCGAGGCGUUGAACACGGACUUCUAUGCACUGGUUCAUAUGAGAGCUAAUCCUAAAGGUAUCGACACUAUCGAAGGCAACAGGAUUCAGACCAAAAUUGCAACAGCAUAG